AUGAAGUGGCUACUCAAAGUAAACUUUGGAACAAAAAGUCCUUCGGAAACAUCUUUGUCAGGAAAAAGACUCUUCAGGCAAGGAUCAAAGGAGCUUAAGAAUCCCCCUUUUAUAACUCCUCUAGAGGGCUUCAGGAAGGUUAUCACAGGAGGUCAACAAGGGAAUGUUUAUGGGGGUCCGACCCUUUCUGUGGCCCAGACGAGAUCUCUUGGGCGGAAUAUUGAUAUGAAUGAAGUAAAAAAGGCGGUGUUUGAUAUGAAAAAGUUUGGUAGCCCGGGGCCAGAUGGUAUUCAAGCGGCCUUCAUCCAAACUUUUUGGGAGGAGGUCAAACGACCCAUGACGGACUUUGUGAAAGAUGCUCUCGGGCAAUGUAAGCUUCCCAGUAAAGUCCUUGAGGCCUUUAUCACCCUCAUUCCAAAAAAGGAAAGCCCGGAAACGGCUAGUGAUUUUAGGCCCAUCACUCUCCUUAACGUUAGCUAUAAAAUCCUCUCAAAGGUGAUAGUUAAUCGGAUGAGGCCGAUUAUGAAGACGCUCAUUGGCCCCUAUCAAAAUAGCUUUCUCCCGGGGAGAUCUACGACGGACAACAUUAUCCUUACUCAAGAGAUUGUCCACCACAUGCGCCUCAAGAAGGGUAAAAAAGGGCUUAUGGCGGUCAAGAUCGACCUCCAUAAAGCCUAUGAUAGUAUCGAUUGGGAUUUUUUGGAAUCCACUCUGGUGGCUUUUAAAUUUCCCCGGAAUCUUAUCCAGUUAAUCAUGUUUUCCAUUGCUAACAACUCUAUCUCUCUUCUCUGGAAUGGUGAAAAGCUUCCCCCGUUCCAGCCCGGGUGGGGCCUUAGACAAGGCGACCCCAUCGCCCCUUAUCUGUUUAUUCUUGUGAUGGAAAGACUCUCUUGGGCUAUCCAAGAGGAGCCCAACACUAAUACGGAGAUUAAAAGGGGCAUCCAGAGCUUGACAGGCAUUCCGGUAUCAGAUAGUCUUGGGACCUACUUGGGUAUACCGAUUCUACAUAAUAGAAUCACCAGCCAGACCUUUAACUACAUAUUGGAGGCACGUACUAGCAAAGAGAUAGACAAGAUUUGUAGAGGGUUUUUGUGGGGAGAUACUGAUGAUAAAAAGAAGAUGCACAUGGUAAAUUGGAAUGAUAUUUGCAAACCAAAAGACAGCGGGGGUCUGGGUCUUAGGCGGUGCGCGGACUUUAAUGAUGCCUUCUUGGCGAAACUUGCCUGGCAAAUCAACACAAAUAACGAUAAACUCUGGACUCAAGUAAUGAAGGAAAAAUAUAUCAAAGAUAAAAAUUUCUUCACGCUACCUCUGCAGAAUAAUGCAUCAUGGGGGUGGCGAAGCGUCCUGCGUGGCAGAUCACUGGUAGAACUCGAGGCUGCGUGGAGAGUAGGAGAUGGCUCCUCCUUAAGCUUCUGGUUGGACUGGUGGGUUGGGGAGAAACCGCUAGCUCUCAUGGAAAAUGUGGAAAUCCAGGACUCCCCCCAAGAGUCCAAAGUGAGCGAUUUUAUUCUCCCCUCCAGAACGUGGGACCUCAACAGGCUAUGUCAGGUGCUCCCGCAACAAGCGGUUGAUCUUGUUCGUGCAGUGCCUAUCGCUAGCUCGGAUCAGGUGAAAGACGCCCUCUUCUGGCCAAAUUCCCCUACCGUACCUUUUCUGUGCGUUGUGCUUUCCAUUAUAUUACAGGUUCGGAGGAGGAAGACACUGACAUCAGUUGGGUCUGGAAGCUUAGAGUCGUGGAAAGAUGCCGCAUGUUCCUGUGGCUGCUGA